AUGGGGGUUGGGCAACAUCCAAGAAAACAACGAGUGUUUAUUUGGAGUUUUCCGUGGGAACUUCAGUUUCAUGCUAACCAAACAUUCAAAAUACAUUCCUCAACGCUCAAGUUGCAGUUUUGGUCUACUUUCGGAUAUUUUUAUGUCAUGUUACAACUUAGAUACAAAAUCUUUGCGUCUCCGGCGAUCUCGGACGCUUUCGUCGUCGUCUCCGGCGGGAUCAAACGCCGUCAUCUUCUUUUGAUUUUCUUGCUGUUCUUGAUGGUCGGUAACGAACAGGGUUAUGAGUCGCACCCAACUCCAAUGAAUCAGAGAAUGAUUGAUAGUGUUUCUACGCCAUUCUUUGUGACCAAUUUUCCUCCAGACGUAAAUGUCAAGUCGUUAUGGGAGGUCUGUUAUAAGGUUGGAAAGGUGGCUGAUGUUUAUGUUGCUCGGAAAUUAUCAAAACUUGAGAGAUUUGGAUGGGAUCACCAUUUGCUUGCUUCUGUGGCUCGGUUUAGUCGAGAUGCUAGUAAUAAGGGAGUCUUGAAUAAAAAGGGGCAGGUUGCUUCUCAUAAUUCUGUUGAGCAGGUGAUUAAGUCGAAUGUGCAUGCUGACGCACAGACUAGUUCUUAUGCAAAUGUACUAAAGGGUCAGGGGGCUGUGAAAACCAAUAAAGGCUCGGUUCCUAUGUGUAUUUUACAGGGAAAGGAGAUUGAUAAUCCAUUGUCAUUGAAAGCAUCUGUUUUUGGCAAGCUACGAGACAUUAGAUUGAUUCCAAAGUUGUGUAUUCUCUUGAAAGAAGAAGGUUUUCCGGAAAUUGUAAUUAAGUAUGUUGCCAGUGAUUGGGUCUAUAUUUCUUUUGUAUCGGAGCGUGCUAUUUGGUUAGAGUUGGUGGGUUUACCAUGUUGUGCUUGGAAUGAUGUUGCGGUUAAAAAGUUAGCUUCUAUGUGGGGUGAUGUUUGUUUUAUUGAGGAGGAUAGGGACGCUCCUUUGGCGGUUAAACGUGUAUGUAUUAAGACCGGUAAACCUUCUUUGAUUCAUGAUAUGAUUAAAGUGGUUGCUCAAGGCGUUGAAUAUGGGGUGGUUGUGCGUGAAAUCUCAAAUUGGGAACCGAAUAUUAUGGUGGAGGGAGAAAUAGGGUCGGAUAUUCUGGACCUGUCAGGGGGAGAGGAAGAGGAUGCCUAUUUUGAUGAUGAUGUGAAUGAUAUUAUUGAUGUGGAGAAUGGUGAUAGGGUUGAUGAGGGGCAAGAAAAUUCUUUUAGCAUGGAUAAUACACCUAUUAACGGUGUUAGAGGAGCUGGGUUUGUUGAUAGAAAAGGAAGCUUUUUUCAAAAUAAUAAUAAAAGAAAAGGUAAUGGAGGCUUUCUCUACCAAAUCUUGCUGUCACGAGAGGUGUCGCCGAAAACGAAAGUAAUCUGGUUGUGCCUUCUCCGGUUACGGUGGUUGAGUGUGAGCUGUAGGGUGAUUCUCCCCAUUUGGUGGCUAAUGUGA